UACCUGACCUGCUUGUACCUUUACCAUGAUCAUAGGAAGGGAAAGCAUAGGUCUCAAUCCCAGCGCCGGCAUCUACCAAAUCAAUCGUCUGCUUAUCGUAAGGCCUCUUGAUUGAUACUUAUGACAGGAUGCUAUUCUUCAGCUUCUUCAAGACGCUCAUCGACCAUGAGGUGACAGUCGAGCUCAAGAACGACAUCCAGAUUCGGGGCACACUCAAGAGCGUCGACCAAUACCUUAACAUCAAGUUAGACGACAUUCAAGUCGUUGAUGAACUCAAGUAUCCGCAUCUAAGUUCCGUCAAGAACGUCUUCAUUCGUGGCUCCGUUGUGCGAUAUGUACACCUACCAGCCGCCGCAGUUGAUGUCCCACUUCUAGAAGACGCUACGAGAAGAGCCGCGAACCAGGCUGGUAAGGGGAAGUGAAGCAAUCACUGCUUAGUCUUAAGCCAUACAGCGAGGAAAGGGGUCUAGCGAGU